AUGUCUGCCUCGAAAGGCCUCAUAGACUUUGGAGCUCUGGAGAAAGAGCUGCGUGGGUCCCUUCAAUUUGAGGAGAAGUACUACAGAGAGAACGCAGCUAAACUGAGAGCUGUAAACCAGAAAGUGGGGUCCUAUGAUGAGUUCAGGUCUCUGGUUUUGGCAUCUCAUCUGAAGCCUCUGGAGAGACACGACAUGCAGAGGGCACCACGGAAACAGCCCUGGAACCCUGUCACCAUAGGCAACAGGACACACCACACUGUCUCUGCGGGCAACAGGACACAUCACAUGACUUUAGGGAGUCAAGAGAGAAAUGAGGAGAACUCAACAAACCAGGACAAAAACAGA